AAAGUGUAUGUAAUUUUUUCGGCGAAAGGCCGCUCGUCAGGGCAUGUUGGCCGCAGUCACAAGCGGUAUGCAUCUCGGACUUUUGGCUGGCUGCUUAGCCUGAGCUGAAUAAGAUAUGAAAAGAUAUGAAAGCAUAAAACGUAGCUUGCAAGACUGGGCGCUUGAAACGGCUGCGGGAAGAGGAAGCGUUCAGGACAUCAGACAGCAAGAAGCACAACACCUGCUGGUAAACCACCGAGAAUAUCUUCAGUUGGGGACGUGUAGCUUUAGCCGGCGGGGUCGACUAUCAUACGCUUUGCGCACCGCCAAUCCUGCUCUGGCCCAAAAGAUGGAGGCCCUCUACAUCGCGCAGUUCAAGGCCCGGGGGCCGGGCGGCUACAAUGUGCUGCGCGGGCCGCCUUCCGCCAGCCCGGCCUUCUACGCGAUGAGCCGGCAAUGCGCCGGCAGCGCCCACACGCCCACUGCCGUGACAGUCCAAGACGAUGACGCCCCAGCCACGCUCGCCUAGCCCACACAGCAACUGGACACCUAACGCUUGACGGACAGGGUCCCACGAUUUCGGCGCUAGGCUUCUGGACAUUGGGCAGUGCUGUUGUAUUUGGGCACGAUCACACUUAGGGUUUCAUUCACGGUGCAUACAUGUUCACGGUGCAUACAUGUUGGACUUAACUCGUGUGUGAACGGCGGCUGCGGCCCAUACGGACAGCAGCGCUUGGAUGGUCUAUUGCGUGAGCGUUGGGGGAAGGGGGGGGGCCCGCUGCGCUCCUUUCUAUGUCCGCUCGUCGCGUGCU